AUGGAAGGGAUGCCCUAUGAGAUCAUCCGCGAGUUCGUCUCGUAUCUAGACUCGCGAAGCCUUCUCAAUUUGGCACUGACUUCCAGUCACUUCAACCAUGCCUGCUUGUCCGAGGCUUCGCGUCACCUCUGCGUACUCAACACCCUUUCGGCACUGUCGGGUCUGGCGCACCACAUCAAACAAACAAGUCCGCUCACACGAGCUCUCACGGUGUAUCAUGGCGAGUGGCCGAAGUGCGACUACAAAGCGUGGCAGCUUCACCCGCUCCAGGUGUACGAAGCGCACCCUUUUGUGUCGCAAUCUCCGUCGAAGAAGGAAAAAGCUUUACAGGCCUUCCCACGCUAUCGUCACUUCGUAGCGGACGAGGGGUCUAGAAGUCGCCAUGGGGACAUCCGUCGACUGAACCAGAUUUUGAGUUCUCUGCCACAGCUCGAGCGGAUCACAAUCUCCCAUGCCUGUUCCCAUGCGCGGAAACCGAAGAAAAACGUCCAACUCACCCGACUGUGCCAACAGAUCUGGCUAUCCCCGUGCCGGAGAAACGCAGUCGAUCGACUCGCGAGUGAUAUUCUGACAGUGCUUCCUAACUACGCCCGCAUCCAGGACGUGAAGAUUGAAGGCACACUGAACCUUGAGUCCAUCGCCCCUCUGCACGCGGCGCUGGGUUCCGUGACCAAGCUCGACAUCCAAUCGAUGAACAUGGCAAACACUACUCCUGCAAUGUUCCAGUCCUUCUUUUCCUUGUUUCCCGCUUUGCAAGACCUCCAAAUGAAUUUUUGCCGCCACAAUGGACUGACCGUCAUCCCUCUCGAUCACUUGGACUGUCCCAACCUUCGCUCAGUAUAUCUUGCCAACCUCCCUGUGGUCCUCUCAGCUUCUAAGUGGUCCCUCCCCCCUAACCAGCCCCCCUGUUCGGUGGCUCCAUACGUGCCUCCUGACAAGCCACAUGCAGAUGCACGGCAGGCCGGCGAGAUGUUGGUAGAACCAAGACAACUUUCGGCUGAUGAUCAAUCUACACCAUUGCAAACCAUCUACCGCACCCGAAUCAGACUUGAUGGGGCUGCUUACAUGGUGCGGUUUGGAGCCUCGCCGAAACAAACAGCUUUCUGCUUCGCCCAUUCCUCCGCGCCAAAUUUAGACACAAUGGCCUCUUCGCAAAUCUCCAUUGCUCUUGGACCAACUACAUCACUAAGUGGUAUUUCUGUAGGAGCCCAGAUCGCCAAGCAAGUCAUGGAUCCGUCUGGCUGCCGAGUGAACCCCUGA